AUGAUCUUCCCCUCUUUGGACGAAUUGAUCGCCCAAAGGAUCGCUGCCAUCAUAGAAGCCGAGGCUCAAGAAUCUCUCUCAGAGAGCACAGCAUCUGAGCCCCAAGAGCCAGAGCCAGACUCUUCAGAGUUGGAAGCCGAGCGUAGGGUUCAGAGGAGCGAUGAUCAUUCCCGCCAGAGAAAUGAGAAUCGAGUACGGGUACAUAAACAUAUGGUCACGGAUAGUGGUAGCUUGUCUAUCCCAGCGUUUUCGGAUUUGAAACUGAAGCCACCGAAGAAGAGGAAGAGAGCUCGACCACCAGAACGUAUUUCUGAAGAUCUCGCUACCAAUACAGAUGUGUCAGGUUCCGCACGCUCGGUGAAGAAACACCGUGACUCUAGCUUCUCAAGCACUGGUACACCCCACCGAGACUUCUCAGCAAUAUUGACUGAGUCUCAGCAACAAACUCUGCAUCCAAAGCUCCAUACCGCCAAGCCUCGAACUUAUGAGAAAUUGACACAGCCCCAAACGGCCAGUCCGCGGAAUUAUGAGGAAUUGACGAAGCUUCCGGACACUACUUCGAGUGUUGCGAGGCGCAUAUAUAACAUGAAAGAGGUACGGGAGCUGGAAUUGCGGGAUGGGAGGACGCUGAACAAUCUGGGACGGUUUAAUCUGGAGCCAGCAUUGGCAUAUACGCGGGGGGAGGAAGCCGAUGAAACGUGUGCAAGCUGCGCGAAGGCCAAAAGGCCCAAGGGUCCCUUCCAACGCUGUAUUGUCCUUGCUGGAGAGUUCAAUAGGGCGUGCUGCAAUUGCCGGUAUAACAAUGAGGCUUCUGGCUGUACACUCUAUCGUCCACAUUCGACUCCUACAGACCGAAGCAAGCCGAGAACCGCCUCUACCACCACGACCCAUCAACAGCCGAACUGA